ACACCUUUCACUAAAUCCAACCCUCUCUCUCUUUUACUCUCCCAUCAACCGCUUCCUUAAUUUCUGACUUUCUUCUUCAAUAACAUGACUUCUAAUGCCUCUGCUGCCACCCCUCUUAGAAGACUGGAAGGCAAGGUGGCGAUCAUCACCGGCGGUGCAAGCGGAAUCGGAGCUAGCGCAGUGCGAAUUUUCCAUGAAAAUGGAGCCAAAGUCGUCAUCGCCGAUAUCCAAGAUGAAGUCGGCCAAAAAAUUGCUGACCAACUCGGCGAAGGCGUAAGCUAUAUCCGUUGCGACGUGUCCAAGGAAGAAGACGUCAGCAAUCUAGUGGACGCUGCUGUCUGCCUGCACGGUAAGCUGGAUAUCAUGUACAGCAACGCCGGCGUCAUCGACCGUCCGUUUAGUGGAAUAUUGGACGUUACAAAAUUUGACUUGGACAAGGUAUUGGGAGUGAACGUGAUGGGGGCAUUUUGGGGGGCAAAGCAUGCAGCCAGGGUGAUGAUACCCGAGAAAAAGGGGUGCAUUUUGUUCACAACCAGUGUAGCCACCAACAUUGCAGGCCUCUCAACGCACCCAUACGCAGCCUCCAAAUGUGCAGNAAAACUUCUCGAUUCAAGGUUUCUUUGGUGCAACGUUGUCGGGUCAAGGCAUGAAUUGCAGUCCGGUUCGGGUUGGCUCGGUGGCCGUCGGCUGCAGGUUGGUUUAGCUGGGGCGAGGGAAACUUGGGUCUGCAAACGUGGGCUACUAGAUCGAAAGGGUUUUGGGCUGAGGGAACUUGGACCGAGGGUUUACAGGCUAGACCAGCAUGGGCCACUGCAGGUGUUUGGGUUGUUGGACUUGCGUGACAUGCUGGACCGAAGCUGA